AUGGCAAUCUGCGUUUAGUCUCUGCUUCUGUGUCGUUUGGGUUUCAUUGUGUGUGUCUAUGUAUAUAUGCGUCUACAGGUGUCUGUUGGUGCUUUUGGAUUCUUGGAGUUGAACUGCAACAAUGAAUUUGCUAACUGAUAGAAACUGUUCUAAGCCGCUUGUGAGAAGAAGAACAUCCGACCAUGGCGGAUGUCGGUUUAUCGGCGGUUUCCCACCAAACUUUAAGGGCCCGAAGGUUGAUGCCAUUCGUGAUUUCCCCAGAAAUUGUGGUUCCCCUGCCUCUAGAAGAACCGCUGCAAUGCCAAGGGAUGUAAAUUCUGAGCCUCCAAAGCCGUUGCGGCGAGAUGGAACUGUUCAAACUCCUGAUCAUGGUGAAAAGGUGUUGAGAAAAGCCCAGUACGAGCCUCAAUUGAUCCAUAUAUCAGAGAAACGUGCUCAGGGUAAACCGAAUAAUGAUUUGGACACUUCUAGAUCUUUGUCGCAAUCGUGCCAACUUGUUGGGAACUAUCCGGCACCAAAGAUCAGGGAAGGGGUUCCUGUUUUUUGCGAUUAUCCACGGCGAUGCGGAAUGCUUAAUCCUCGUCCCAAAUCCAAGGUUUUGGCUAAGAAGUCUACCAUGGAUCAAAGGCCAUUGGUGAUGACAAGAAGAGCUGACAGGGAACAAAAAUCUAAUGGUCUUGCUAUUGUUCCUUCCGUUAACGUUCAAACAGUCUUUCAUCAGAAUAAAGUAAAGGAGGCUCUGGAUCUGUUUGAGGAAGCAUUCAAAAAACUCGUGGAAGAAAAUGAAGCACAGGCAAAGGGGAAGGGAGGUUCGGCAAGAAUGGUUCUUUUGAAGGCAGCAAUGCGGUUGAAAGAGCGGCGAAAAUGGGUAAACACCGCAAAACUGUUCGGGGCAGUCCCUGGAGUAGAAGUCGGGGAUAGGUUUCGAUUCAGGGUCGAGCUUGUUGUCAUUGGGCUUCAUCGUCAGUUUCAGGGUGGCAUAGACUACACGAAGAAAGAUGGCAAAGUUGUUGCCACCAGCAUUGUUGCCAGUGGCAGGUAUGCAAAUGAUGCAAAAUCUGCCGAUGUUUUGAUAUAUUGUGGUCAAGGAGGGAACCCUUCGGUGGCAGAUAAGAAGCCUGAAGAUCAAAAGCUUAAACGAGGCAACCUCGCAUUGAAGAACAGCAUGGAUGAAGGAACGCCCGUGAGGGUGAUUCGCCGGCGCGAGACUUUGAAGACACCUAGCAUUCUGGGAGCAAGAAGUGGGAGGAAUUAUGCUUAUGUGUAUGAUGGUUUGUACGCUGUGACUAAUUGUAGGCAGCAAAGAGGGCCAUAUGGCAAAUUGGUUUUCAUGUUCCGGUUGAAUAGGAUACCUGGUCAACCCAAACUUGGGAGGUUCUGAUCGGAGUCACGGUAUUUGCAGCAAUACAUGCCAUGCCAAGGUUGGGGUUGGGAUUGGGAGUGAGGAUGAAUCUCUUAUAAUUUGUGCUCUAGUAUUUCGAAGCCAAAUCUUUUGGGUGAAAUGAUGUUAGUGGAGUUCUAAUUGAUGAAUAUCUUAUCGAGU